CCCCCCUGCCCUUUCCCCACCCCACCUCACCCCAGAUGACCAAGAUGUUGGACCUCCUCGAGGAUUUUCUGGAGCACGAGGGCUACAAGUACGAGAGGAUUGACGGAGGCAUCACGGGGAACCUCCGACAGGAGGCCAUUGACCGUUUCAACGCACCCGGGGCCCAGCAGUUCUGUUUCCUCCUGUCGACCCGGGCCGGAGGCCUCGGUAUUAACCUCGCCACGGCCGAUACCGUUAUCAUUUACGACUCUGACUGGAACCCUCACAACGACAUCCAGGCCUUCAGCCGCGCCCACCGCAUCGGGCAGAACCGGAAGGUGAUGAUCUACCGUUUUGUGACGCGGGCCUCGGUGGAAGAGCGCAUCACCCAGGUGGCCAAGAAGAAGAUGAUGCUGACCCACCUGGUGGUGCGGCCGGGCCUGGGCUCCAAGUCCGGCUCCAUGUCCAAGCAGGAGCUGGACGAUAUCCUGAAAUUCGGCACCGAGGAGCUCUUCAAAGACGAGAUGGAGAGCCUGGCCCUGGGCAUGACCUUGAAGGGUGAGUGCGGUGGGGAAAAGCGAUUGGAUCGAUAAGAGGGGAGGAAACAGUGAU